CAUGUGCACAUAUCCAAAGUCUGGCCACACCCACCACGGGAUCUCCAUGACGUAAUUUGCGCAUGCGUCGUUCUAGGAAAGAUGGCGUCCGUAUCAGAGCUUUACGAUGUGGGCUGGGAAGAGAUGAGAGACAAGCUUCGUAAAUGGAGAGAGGAUAACUGUCGAAAUAGUGAACAAAUCGUGGAUGUUGGUGAAGAACUCAUCAGCGACCAUGGAUCUAAACUGGGAGACGACGUUUGGAUUAUUUACGAGCAGGUGAUGAUCGCAGCGCUGGACUGCAGUCGGGACGACUUGGCCAUGACCUGUCUACAGGAACUGAGGAAGCAGUUUCCAGAUAGCCACAGAGUGAAGCGAUUAUCGGGCAUGCGGCUGGAAGCUUUGGAAAGGUACGACGAGGCGACCAAGUACUAUGAGGCAAUUCUGCAAGACGACCCCACGAACACGGCGGCCAGAAAACGCAAAAUCUCCAUCCUUAAGGCCCAGGGGAAGCCAGCUGAAGCCAUCCGUGAGCUCAACGAGUACCUGGAGCAGUUUGUUGGGGAUCAGGAAGCGUGGCAUGAACUCUCUGAACUCUACAUCAACGAACACGACUACGGAAAGGCCGCGUUCUGCCUGGAGGAGCUGAUGAUGACCAAUCCACACAAUCACUUGUACUGCGAGCAGUAUGCUGAGGUGAAGUACACCCAGGGGGGUCUGGACAACCUGGAGCUGUCCAGGAAGUAUUUUGCCCAGGCACUGAGGCUGAACAACCGAAACAUGAGGGCGUUGUUCGGGCUGUACAUGUCGGCGAGCCACAUCGCUGCCAGCCCCAAAGUCGGUGCCAAGGUGAAAAAGGACAACAUCAAGUACGCCGCCUGGGCCGCCAAUCAAAUUAACCGAGCCUAUAAGCUGGCCGGCCGCGGCACCAAGGAGAACAAAUGUUCCGUGAAAGCUGUGGAGGAGAUGCUGGAGUCCAUGCAGAUCACCAUGUCUUAGGACACCCUCGUCCACGUCACUCCUCCCCACCCACCCACCGCCCCUGUUCCACACAGACACGUUAACACACACACUCACACCCCCACUCCAUGCAGACAAACUGAGCAACAACGGGUCGCCUUGCAUCACAUCGCGACCGCAGCCAGGUCUCAGUACUGUCCCGGAGUCAGUACCUCAGCUCAGGUUGCUGUCCUUGAUAACGAUGCCAAUUGGAGGACGUUGAUUCAGCGUCGAGGGUGUGUUCGUCCACGCUUGAUUUAAUAUCUAAAAAGUGACCAAACGUGCUCCGAAUUAGUUUUGUACGAUUAACUCAGCUUACAACAAUGUGAUAAUUUUUUUGUGUUUUUCUUUGUCCUCUCCCAAGAACUGCUGUGCUGUUUUGAACCCUCAUGUAUUUUAGGUUAUUUGAUUAGUUAAUGUUCUUGUGUCCAGGUGUUGGCACACAUGUGAAAUAGAAGGAUAAUAUAGGCUGUAAAGGGUAUUUAUAACAAAGAGGAGAAACAACAAUCUUGAGGCACCCCCUGUACUGUGAGGUCGCCUAACUGUCUGUAAAUUAAACAUUUCUAUCUGAAUAAAACGUUUUCUUUUUUCCUGUCAA